GUGCUGAUCAAUUUUAAAUUCUCUUAAAUGUGCUGGAUUAAGAAAAGGGGGUAUGAUUUAAAGGUCCGGUCAAAGACAGCAUAAAACAAUUAAAACAGUUCUUACGUUAUAACCUAUCGAUAACAUACAAGACAAAAAGGAGUGUUCAAUGCAGUCGAUUGUAAAUCCACCUAGGGGUUGAUAUGAGAGAGUCUAUACGCGUGGAAUUAUAAGAUGACACCACCAUUUUGAGUUUUUAAUUCUGCUGUGGAUAGAACAUUAUAUAAAACUACCCAAUCAUGAUGUCAGUUUUGACGAAGGAUGACUUGGAAUCGAUGAAGACUGACUUUGAAAUCAUAAAGACUCUACUAAACCCUCCAAGAGCCGUUCAAGAAACACUGGAGGCCGUGGCUUUACUUCUCGGUUACCCUCCCCGACAAGCUGGGAAUUGGACUUUUGUACAACAACUUUGCAAAACUGGCCGUCUUCAAAUUCAGAUGCAGGAAUUCCAAUGUGAAGACGUGAACUUGAAUUCUGUAAAGAGAGCUAGAUGCCUUCUUUCUGCCUAUGACAGAGAUACGAUACCCGGAAAGUGUCAUGCUAUACUAGGCCUGUAUAUAUGGGCUGAAAGUGCUGUCUUAGAAGUAGAGAAUUACUUGGAAACAAGGAAGGAAUUGAUAAAAGAAAGAAAAUUAUCCAAAAAGGACAAAAACAAGAUAUAAGAAUGUGAUUUAGCAAACUUUCUUCAAGCAAUCUCAAAUAUUCUAGUCAUAUUGAUGGUCCAUGUUGAUGUAUAUGAUUGUAAACUUUGUAUUAACUACCAACCAACAGUCAUGAUGUGUAGUGAUUAGCAUCCGUGAGGAAUAUUCUAUAAUAAUGUAGUAGUUUGAUUGUAACAAAUUUAAUGUCGCUGCGAUUAUAUUCAUCAUUGCCAAGUCAAGUAAUUUAAAGUCGUGGUCAUUAUUUUAACAAUCUUAUUAUAUGAAAUUACAUUAUAUGAAUAUUAGAAAUUGUUUAAAUUCCAUGCCAGUUGUAAGGAGAAGAACAAUAUCAGCUAUUUUUAUAGUAUAAAUAUUUGAAAAGUUUCUUUUAGUUGAAAAUUUGUAAUAUGUUCUAUUAAUAAUGGUAAGCGAAAGCAUCAUAUCAUAUAUAAGGAAAUAAUAACAUAUCCUACUGUUGCAUAAAUAAAUAAUGCAAACAAAAAAUCAAGGUUUAUGCCUUCCUAUAGCUGCUUCUCGUUUCAUGGGCUUCAUAAAUACUCCUUUGGGCCAUGCAUGGUUUCAAUUAUUUUACAAAUAGUGUGUAAUUUAUUUAUGAGGAAGAGACAUAAAGUUGAGGAUGGCGAUAAAAUGAGUUGA